AAUCCACAGUGGGUUUGAUGAAUCUCUCUCAUAGAACAGGAUGAAGAGUAGAACUGUUAUUCUGGAGAGAAAAAGAUCCGACUGCAAAGCAGACAUUCCUACCAAGAAGCCAAUUGCAAGUACUGGAAGGUUCAUCAGCCUAAGCAGAGGCUUUGAUCCAUAUGGAUCCACACUGUCUUGGCAUCAACCCUGGAGGCAUGAUGGGGUUUCUGGACGUGAGCAGCCACUCCAGCUGUUGUCUCAGCACAGAAUGCACAGCAUGCUCACUUCAGUUGAUGUCAAUUCAUCGCUUCCAGUGGCAUUACAGCCAGCCACUCCAAUUGACUUGCGGACUGAUCUCCGGGGUGCCAUGCCAGCUGUGGACCCAGCAAUGAGAGAACGUCAGUUACAGCAAGAGCUGCUGCUGCUUCAGCAACAACACCAGAUUCAGAAACAGCUUCUCUUUGCCGAGUUCCAGAAACAACACGAGACCCUCACCAGACAGCACCAGGUCCAGCUCCAGGAACACCUCAAGCAACAACAGGAACUUCUAGCUGUACAACAUCAACAGGAGCUUCUCGAGCAAGAACGCAAACUGGAAAAGCAUCGUCAGGAACAAGAGCUGGGGCGACACCUGCGCGAACAGCACCUUCUAAUUCUUCGAAAUAAGGAGAGAGGCAGAGAAAGUGCAGUAGCCAGUACUGAAGUCAAACAGAAACUGCAGGAGUUCCUGCUGAACAAAUCAGCAACAAAAGAGUCUCCACCCAGUGGACAGAACCAUUCCUUCCCUCAGCAUCCCAAUCUCUGGGGGGCCCACCAUGCUUCAUUGGACCACAGCUCUCCACCACAGAGUGGGACUUCUCCAUCAUACAAGCAGCCAUUACCUGGAAUACACAAUACAAAGGAUGAUUUCCCCCUACGAAAAACUGCCUCAGAGCCAAAUUUGAAGGUGCGCUCCAGGUUAAAACAGAAAGUAGCAGAGAGGAGGAGUAGUCCACUGUUGCGCAGGAAAGAUGGCACCAUCAUCAGCACCUUUAAGAAGAGAUCACUUGAGAGAACAGAUUCUACAUUGUGUAAUAGCGCUCCAGGUUCAGGUCCCAGCUCUCCCAACAACACCUCCAGUGCGCUGGCAACAGAGAAUGGGGUGUCUCAUUUACACACUGAGCACUUGCCACUACAUCACAGGAUUCUAACCCGGGAUGGAUCAGUGAAUGCAUUAAGUCUCUAUACGUCACCAUCGCUACCCAACAUUACAUUGGGUCUCCCCGCUACAGCUGUGUCAUCUGCUUCCUCCCAAAUGAAUGCCACAACGUCAACCCAAGAAUGUGACAGGCAGACCAUUCAGGGAAUCAAUCAGGGGAUGGCUCUCACUGGGCAGUUCAGAGGAAGCGCCCCUUUAACUGCUUACUUGCCGCCUGCACAAUUCGAUGGAAAGGUGAACAGUACCCACCAUGCCCUUCUGCAGCAUAUACUUUUGAUGGAACAGGCACGGAAACAGAGCCCUCUCACAACAGGUGUGGUUCCUCUUCAUCCUCAUUCUCCACUGGCAGCCAUGGGAGAGAGAGUGUCUCCAUCUCUAAGGGCCUCAAAAAAGAUGCCUCGCCAUCGGCCCCUUAAUCGAACUCACUCUGCGCCACUCCCUCAAUGCACGCAUGCCCUGGCACAACUGGUCGUUCAACAGCAGCACCAACAAUUCCUGGAAAAGCAAAAGCAGUACCAGCAGCAAAUACAGCUGAACAAGACGCUGUCCAAACCCCACGAGCAGCUUCGACAGCCUGAAAGUCACCCUGAAGAGACAGAGGAAGAGCUCUGUCAACAGCAGGCUAUCCAGGAGGAUGAGGGGCCUCCCUGUGGUGGCAACAGGAGCAACAGCAAUGGUACCUGUGAAAGAGCAGCAGAAUACCAGCCAGACUUGGUUGAGCAGAUGAAGCAGGAGCCGCCAGAAAGUAACGAUGAGUUCCAAUUCAAACCGAGUGAUCCUGAGGAAAACAAUGCAUUUUUUCAGCAGCAGUUCCUGGAGCAUCAGCGUGUCCAGCACCUUCGAGUGUACCAGUCUCAGAUGGCUCUGGUUGGCAUGACAGGAUUAGACAAACACAGGCCUGUUUCCAGGACACAGUCCUCCCCUGCUGCUUCCACAUUACCACACCCUUCGGCAGACCAGCCCAUCAGGCACGUCUAUACCACUGGAGUGGUCUAUGAUACUAUCAUGCUUAAACACCAGUGCAUCUGUGGUAACUUCAGCAACCACCCCGAGCAUGCUGGCAGGGUACAGAGCAUCUGGUCCAGGCUUCAGGAAACAGGAUUGCUCAACAACUGUGAGCGAAUUCGAGGGCGAAAAGCCACCUUGGAGGAAAUACAGAUGAUUCAUUCUGAAUAUCACUCACUGCUCUUCGGUACCAAUCCCCUCAACAGGCAAAAGCUGGACACGAGGAAACUGCUUGGAUCUGUUACGCAAAAUUUCUUUGCUGCUCUCCCCUGUGGGGGUCUUGGAGUGGACAGUGACACCAUUUGGAAUGAGAUGCACUCAUCCAGUGCUGCACGCAUGGCCGUUGGCUGUGUCAUUGAGCUGGCUUCCAAAGUGGCCUCUGGAGAGCUAAAGAAUGGAUUUGCUGUUGUCAGACCCCCUGGCCAUCAUGCUGAAGAGUCCGCUGCCAUGGGAUUCUGCUUCUUUAAUUCUGUGGCAAUUACUGCCAAGUAUUUGAAGCACAAGCUAAAUAUAGGCAAGAUCCUAAUUGUGGACUGGGAUGUUCACCAUGGCAACGGUACACAGCAAGCCUUUUACAGUGACCCCAAUGUGCUUUAUAUUUCCCUGCAUCGCUAUGAUGAAGGAAACUUCUUCCCUGGCAGUGGAGCCCCAGACGAGGUCGGAAGUGGCCUUGGUGAAGGUUUCACUGUGAACAUCGCUUGGACAGGUGGUUUAGAUCCCCCUAUGGGAGAUGUGGAAUACCUUACAGCUUUCAGGACCGUGGUCAUGCCAAUCGCCGGCGAGUUCAAUCCAGAUGUGGUUUUGGUAUCAGCUGGUUUCGAUGCCGUUGAAGGUCAUGAGUCUCCACUGGGCGGAUACAAAGUCAAAGCCAAAUGUUUUCGCUACCUUACGAAGAACUUAAUGAGUCUGGCAAAAGGCCGCGUGGUCCUGGCUCUGGAAGGUGGGCACAAUCUUAGCGCCAUCUGUGAUGCGUCAGAAGCCUGUGUUUACACGCUGCUAGGAAAUGAGCUGGAGCCUCUUCCCCAAGACAUUCGGCUUCAGAAGCCAAACGCCAAUGCCGUGGCUUCCCUGGAAAGAACAAUUGAAAUUCAAAGUAAAUACUGGAAAUCAGUGCAGCGGUACACUUCAACCCUGGAUUGGUCUCUAAUGGAAAUUCAGAACUUGGAGAAGGAGGAGACAGAAACCGUCACCGCGAUGGCAUCACUCUCAGUCGAUGCCAAACAAAGGCAUUUAGAGGAAGAAAAUAGAGGUCCAGAUGAACCAAUGGAAGAAGAGCCAGCUUUGUGAAGUGCCAAGUUCAUCCAGCUAUUUCCUUUGUAUGACAUCAUUGUUGAUCCCCAAAAGCUCUCUCAGACAUGUGGUGUCUGCUGUUUGGGUAGUGUAAAUCAGCUGGACCUUUCAGACAGAGCAGCAACCUACAAAUAGUGACAACUUCACUUGCUCUUGGAACACUUAAAAAGAGACAUUUAGUUUUUUUUCAUUUUAAGAAAUGUCUUACAGUUCAGAAAUGUCUUCAGAACUUUCUUUCGGCGUCUCUCUUUACUUCACUGCUGUUCCUUUUCUUUGGAGGCUGAAGUGCUUGUAGAUUUCCAGUGAAUGGUGAUGGGGGAUGGGGUUGUUUCUUGAAGGAAGACUUUCUAAAAGCAUUGAAACCUUCAGAACUGAAGUUAAGCUGAUACUGUUUCUGUGCCUUUGGAAGAAGAGGGAAAAGAAUCCAAGACUUUCAUCACAAAAAUUGCCUUAACGUGUACCGGUACAAAAAGCUCAGCUUUUAGUUUAGGCACUUUCAAAACAGAUAAAGAACUACAUCAGAAAAGCUUCAAAAAUUUAUGUCAAGACUUAUUUAGUGGCACAAUAAUAUCUUGAAGUAUUUGUUUGUCCAAGUGCCGUAUUCUUUAAUAUCAGCAUUGAUUUUAUGACCAACUUGUUCAUUUGUUUUUGUAUUUUUUGACCUGUAAAUAGGUUUCACCCACUGUAUUAAAGCCAUAAGUGUGCAUCGGAUGUCUUUCUUUAAUUUGUAAAUUUGAAUGAAACCUCAAUUUCGAGCAAGCUUCUCUUACAAUUUUGAAUACAACAGAUGAUAUGAUCCAUUUUUACUUAACACAAUCUAAAACCAGAGGAUCGUGGAGAAAAUCAAAUAACUGGUUUCAUUCAAAUGACAAUUUUUUCUUUUGCGUCAGGCAAUAAUUUUUCCAUAAGUGUGGAUAUAAUUCUCAAGGUCAGUCUUUUCUUUCUCUUUAUAUAUAUAAUAUAAAUGUACUGCAA